AGCAGCGUUUGGGGUUUUGUUUAUCUAGUAGUAAUUUGGUGUUGGAGGAUUCAGAGUCGGGUUUUGGUUGGGGAUUAAUAUGAUCGAAAAAAAGGGAUUUGAAGAAAUUCAUGAUGGAGUAGUGUUUGGGGUUUGGGUAUGAAUUUGGAUUUGAAUUUCAAAUAAUAAAGGGUAUUUUCAUCUUUAGUUACACUGAUUACCAUGUUAGUUAAUAGAUAUCACCAACGAAUCUUAACAAUGGGUGGGAAAUUGUUUUUAUCAAACUUAGUGGGUGGGAAAAUAUUGACGCCAAACCUUUCUUCUUUAGGAAACAUUUAUUUUAUAUGGAUAAGGAGCAAGUACAACCCUUGACAAAUUCAUUCAUCCGCCACGGUUGUUGGUUCUAGUCUCCUAGCUUCUUGCUUCAUUAAUUGUAACAGAGCACCUUGAGUUCUCAAUUUUUCUUGAUCUUACUAUUCACUGCUACCACAUCGUUUUUAUUAUGGUUAUUAAUCAAGCUUGAAAGAGAGAGAGCCGAAGCAAAGAGCCUGCCACCUAGUCCAAAGAAGCUACCUCUCAUAGGAAAUCCACACCAAAUUACCGGGGACUUGCCCCAUAUAUCGCUACAACAUCUUGCAGAAAAUUAUGGACCGCUCAUGUUCUUGCAACUAGGCUCAAUCCCCACUUUAGUAAUUUCCUCACCUGAUGUUGUUCGAGACAUCUUCAAAACCCAUGAUCUGAUUUUUUCAGGUAGGCGUCAACUACAUGCUGCAAGGAAGUUCAGUUACAACUGCAGCGAUAUAUCUUUUACUCCCUAUGGUGAGUACCGGCGAGAGGUCAGGAAGAUUGCAAUAUUGGAAUUACUGAGUUCAAAGAGGGCGAAAUCUUUCCAGGGACUGAGAAAUGAAGAGGUGGGACAAAUGGUUGAACUUAUAGCACUGUCAACGUCAGAUGACCCCAUUGAUCUGAGUAGAUUGACACUUUUGCUAGCGAAUAACAUCGUGUGCUGAGUGACCCUCGGUAAAAAGUAUGGUAGCGAUGGAGAUGAUGGCGCAAGUAGAUUUCAUGACUUGCUGCAUCAAACACAAUCCUUAUUGGGAAAAACUAAUACAGCUGAUUUUUUUCCAUGGAUGGGAUGGCUGAACAAGUUUAAUGGCCAAAAUGCAAGUCUAGAGAAGUAUUUUACAAAACUUGACAAACUCUACGAUGAAGUCAUACAGCAGCAUCUUGAUCCCGAAAGACCAAAACUGGAGCAUGAAGAUCUUGUUGAUUUACUUUUUCAAAUUCAAAAGAAUUCAUGUCAAGGGAUGAUUACCCUAACAAAUGAACAAAUUAAAGGUGUCCUCACGGACGUGUUUAUUGCGGGCACAAAUACUUCUUCAGCUACGCUUGUCUGGAUAAUGACCGAGCUUGUGAGGAAUCCACGAGUGACGAGAAGAGCCCAAAAUGAGAUAAGAGAAGUUGCAAAAGGAAAAAGAGGUGGAAGAAAGUGAUCUUUCCAAACUGAUGUAUCUAAAGUUAGUAGCGAAGGAAGCACUAAGACUCCAUCCACCAGCCCCGUUACUAGUCCCUAGAGAAACUACCGAAGAUUGCAUGAUACGAGGGUACAAAAUUCCUUCCAAAACAAGCGUUUUUAGCAAUGCAAAAUCGACAGGAAGUGACCCCAAAUAUUGAAAAAAUCCACAUGAUUUUCGACCUGAAAGAUUCUUGAAUAGCUCAAUUGAUUUCAUGGGACAAAAUUUGGAGUUUAUACCAUUUGGGGUAGGCAAGAGGGAAUGCCCCGGAAUUCAUUUUGCUAGUCCACUUAUUGAGCUUGCGCUGACGAAUCUGCUAUACCAUUUUGACUGAAAAUUACCUCAAGGGAUGAAAAGUGAAGAUUUGAGUGUGGAAGAAGCAUUUGGGUUAACAACGCACAAUAAAGUUCCUCUUUGCCUGGUAGCUACACCUGCGAAUAUCUAAGAGUGCGCAGCCAUUAUUCAUAUGCAUUUACAUGAAAUCAAUGAUACUGUGUUAUGAUAAGUUGAAUGGGCAAACUAGAAGCUGGUGUCAUUUAAAUGCCAAAUGUCUUUUCUCUGUGCUGUUUGCUCUUUUUCUC